CCUGUGAGAGGGCUCCAUUCACACCCGCCACCUGCUCGACCAAAAGCCCCAACGGCGCCUCCCGCGCCAUGCCGCCGCGCGCGGCGGCGCUCCGCCGCCUCCUCCCCUCUCAGCUCCACCAACCCGCCACUCGCCCCGCCCCGCGUCGGCCGCCUCUUCCGCCCCAACCGGCCGACGAGGGUCCGCUCCCCGACCCCUACGCCCUCCUCGUCCACGACCCCAUCGACCUCCUCUCUUCCCUGUGGCGCCGCGCGUUCGCGCACCCGCCCGCGUCCCCGUUCCCCAACCUCUCCGGCUACGCCUCCCGCCUCGACCUCUGGCUCCUCUCCUACCAGCGCACCUGCGCUCACGCCACGGGCACCUUCCCGCCGCGCCACGCCGUCCCGCUCCCCACUCUCCACUGCCUCCUCCGCCUCCGCGCCGCGGCGCUCCGCCGCCACCCCGCCUUCCCCUGGGGCGCCUCCACGCACCUCCUCCUCCGCUCCCCCGCCGACCCGCCCUCCACCGUCCCGAUCUCCCGCCGCAAGCUCGAGGCCCGAUUCGCUGACGCGCCGCCGCCGUUCCAGGACCGAGUCGUCCAGGAGCUCCUCCUCCUCCUCCUCGAGCCCGUCUUCGAGCCGCGCUUCUCCCCAAAGUCUCACGCGUUCCGUCCCGGACGCGGGCCCCACUCCGCCAUCCGCUCCGUCCGCUCCCGCUUCGCUGCUUACCUCUGGUUCGUCUCGGCCGACCUCACCGCAGUGGUGGACGGCCUCUCGCCGGAAACCAUCCUUUCAUGCGUCCAGAAGGCUGUCUCCGACCGCAAGGUGCUCUCGUUGCUCAAGUCUGCCCUCAAUGCCCCUGUCCGGCCGGGGUCUGUGCCGCCACCGGAGAAGGACCUCGAUGGGCUGGCCAAGAAGAGGCUGAAAAGGAAGGUGCUCAGGAAGAGCAGGAAGAAGAAGGUGCUUAACGAGAAUGAGCCGAAGCCUGACCCUUAUUGGUUGAGGCUGUUCUUUGGGUUUGCUCCUGAACAGGUGUGCCAUGUGCCCAAUUAUGGGCAUUGUGGGAUUAUUAGUCCUUUGCUUGCUAAUGUGUGCCUUAACGAGCUGGAUUGGUGGAUGGAGCAGAAGAUUAAUGAGUACUUUUGCCCGUCCAAGCAUGAUUCGAUUUGGAAGGAGGCGAGUGAUGAGGGGUGCCACAAUCCUGCUUGGCCUGAGUUUGUUCCAUCAGCUGGGAAGGAGAAGACAAGGAAGAUGGAUUUCCUUCGAUUUGGUUCUCAUGUCUUGAUUGGGAUCAGGGGGCCGAGGGAGGAUGCAGUUGAGAUAAGGAGACAACUGAUGGAAUUUUGCGAGAGAACAUUUGGUUUAAGGCCAGAGAAUUCGAUGGUGGAAAUCGAGCACAUCACAAGGGGGAUUGAAUUCUUGGAUCAUGUGAUCACGCGCAGGGUCAUCUACCCGACUUUGCGAUAUACUGCCAGUGGAGGGAACAUUGUCAGCGAGAAGGGUGUCGGAACAUUGUUGUCUGUAACAGCGAGCCUACAGAGGUGCAUAAGGCAUUUCAGGAAGCUUGAGCUUGUAAAGGGGGACAGGGAUCCUGAGCCAUUGCCAUGUUCACCAAUGCUCUAUUCUGGGCAGGCACACACUAAUUCCCAGAUGAACAAGUUUCUCGAGACCAUGGCUGAUUGGUACAGGUAUGCAGAUAACCGAAAGAAGAUUGUAGGGUUUUGUGCUUAUGUCAUAAGGAGCUCACUGGCAAAGCUCUACGCAGCAAGGUAUAGACUGAAGUCCCGAGCUAAGGUCUACAAGAUUGCUUCACGGGAUCUUAGCCGCCCUUUGAGAGAAAGCACAAGGAAUGAUGCACCAGAAUACUCUGAUCUUUUGAGGAUGGGACUAGUUGAUGUUAUUGAGGGUGUACAAUUUGCACGCAUGUCAUCAAUUCCAUCGUGCGACUACACACAUUUCCCUAGAAACUGGGUACCGCACCAUGAACUUCUAUUGCAAGAGUAUAUUAAGCUGCAAGAUCCAAAGUUCUUUUGUGAACUUCACAAGACUAUCAAACGUCAGGAAAUAAGUUCACCACAAGAUGAUGUAUCAAAGAUGGUGUGGUAUUAUAAAGUUCAUGGUGUUUAUGAUGACAAUAGAUCUUUGAUGAUAGCUAAGGAACUGAGAAAUGAGGAAGUUGUCGAUGGGGACAAGCAACUUCUAUUAGAUACAUAGUCCUGACUCUUAUGUUCCUGAUUGUUUAUGAAAUAUUGAUGGAGAUCCAAUUUGAGCAUCAGGCAGACCUCCUUCAGUUGUGAAUCAGUUUUUUGUUGUAUGAGUGACCCUAUUCACAUUAUUUGUAAAGAAGAAUGAUGGGUAUCUAUGAACAACAUAUCGCUAAACAAAUGCACCAUAUUCAUCUAUUGUGGCAUGCAGGAUUGCAGGAGUAUAAGUUUGAAUAUUUACAGAAGCAGUUCAAGGUAAACUCAUCUGCUCUCAUGUCAUGCCAAUUUUACAGUUUAUUUUCAUAUAUUCUGCUUCUAACAGUGGAGCACUUCUGAAGCUUAUAGAUGCCACUUAUUGAGCCUUACAAUAGCAUUAUUUUCCCCAAUCUGGUAACACUAUCAGUGUACAUUUUUUUUGUGGUGGUGGGUAGGGGGGAGUCUACAACAUGGAGGUGUAUGGAGUGGAGUAUAUAUUUCCUAUACAGGAUGCUCUUUGUAACUUCUUUGGGAGAAGCUUCUCUAUGUAAUUAUGCGGAAACUGAGAAAGGAUAGCCCAGAUAGGAUUUGCUUUACUCUAAACAAAAAUAAUUGCCAUUUGUCGAGGAUCCACAGACCACAGGUACUCAUCAUACAGAUCCCCUAUUUGUUGAAAUGUCAUAGCAUGCAAACUAUUUCAAAAAAGAAAAGAAUCAUUUUGAGUGGUUUUGACAAUAGGUCAAUCUGGAAACUUAUGGACACGCCAGAAGAAUUGAUGACCCGGUGUUGGCUAGAGAUAGCUGCACCAGAUGUCCAGACCAUUCAAUCUAGAAUUGAUUCUCGAACUGAGGACUGUGAAAUGAAAUGUGGAAUGUUCAAAUUGGGAUGAUCAUUGAUUGGCAUUUCCAUCAUUUUCCAGCAUGGCUAGUCAGGUUUUUCUGGAAGUUUCAGACUUUUGGUUUAUGACUUUUCGGGUACUCCCAUUAUCUGUAUUGAUUCAAUUUCUCCUUUGUUGCCCAGAAUCAUCGUUAUUUAGCAUGUCUAGUUAGUUCGGAUUUAAAUAUCAGUACAGAAGAAAACUAGGAGUUGAUGUAGUUGUGCAUUCCGCAUACAGUAAUCCUUUUUGUGAUCAACUAAUACUCUUCUUGAUUCCUGAUCUUUUUAUACUUAAUUGAUGGUGCAUUUGUAUUCUUUCUUUCAAUGUUCCAUGUGGUUACGGUGGAUCUUGGUGGAAAGCAUAAUAUCCCCUUGGAACACUAACCUAUCAUUAUUGCUAUUUGGAAAUAUCGCUGAUGAAUACUAUUACAUUUGUAGUCGCCAGUAUUUUAGGAUGACAGCAGCAUCCAUUUCAAUUGCAGCUAUUGUUUUUAUUUUAUCCUUUAUGUGGUAUAACUAUACAAUGACUUUUCUAAGUUCUUUGUUCCACUUUUGCAUAUGUAUUUCCUUUUAGAAAAAUCUGCAAGAUUUUACCAUCUUGGACAUGGUUAGUUUGCAAACUUCUUUCCAUCAUUGCAUAUUUGGAGCUGCAUGCCAACUUCUGCAGUUGCAUAUACUAUUACUGUUCCUAAAUACUCAUUCAAUUGGCCAUGAUGUAUUAUGUGAUUUUUCCUUUUGUCUUGUUAUUGUUGGUUGGAUGAUAACAGAAUAUGUUCUUUUUUAAGUUAUAAUUGUGCAACCCGGUUUAUUUCUAGCAACAUGGGCAGACUAAAAUGGUUGUCUCAAUCGUAAGGUGGUUCUGAUAGUGGCCACAGCUAUCAUAUUGUUUGUUAUUUUGAACAUAUUUCUCUUCAGUUAAACCAGUCGUGAGUUGGAGGCCUAAUAUUCUUGACCAAAGUAUGUCAUCCUAAAAGGAUCUUAUUUAAGUAGUAAUAAAACACCAAUCUGCAUUCCACAGGAGGAAAGGUGAACAUGAAGGACAGAAUGUCAUGGCCGACGCCACGACGACUGAUGAGCUGUAGUUAAGGAGAGACGUAGUAUUAUAUUUUACGCUUUCUUUGCUUGAGAAACGAGAACUGUAAGGUGGGCCGGAGGCCGUGAGCGUGGAGCAUAAAGCUACCCGCGUGUAAGAGGAGAACUCAGAUUUUGCAAUUGAAGAAACGAACUCGGAGAGGACAACCUGUCCUCGUUCUGUUCUCCCCCAACUUAUCCGCCAUUUGUGCGUGCUCACGUCCCGGCGAUCGCCGGCGGCCAAGGGUAGUGACAGUGGUAUCAGAUUCGGUCUCCUCGGCACGCUACCGCUCGACUCAUCCCCGGUCAGGUAUGCUUCACCGGCGUUCCGACUUUGCUCCGUCGAUUCCGCUCGGGAUUUCGGCGUCCACGCCCCGCCGCUGACUUCCAGUCACCGACGGCCACCGCAGACCGCCGGUUAGCCGUUCCGGCGCCGUCGUCCACUCCAAUUCCUUUCGCGCCGCUUAGGAUAUAGUGGGGAUUCGUUGACUUGGGGGAUUUUCUUCACGUUCCAGGAUCUAGAGAUUUGUUUCCACGGGUGGAGCUGUAGUCCCAACAAUCCCGUCGACCUUGAUCCGGCAAACGAUUCGGGUUGUCGAGUUGAUUUCGCCAGCACAUUGCGAGGCGUUUUCCUCCCGUAAUUCCCAAUCACGCUAGGUCGGUUUGCGGAGGGAUUCAGCCACGGCGCCACCAAAGCCAUCUGUUCAGACACAGUUCGUGCUGGACGCGAUGGAGGACACAGCUGUAAGGGAUGAUGCUCGUUGGGAGCGCAUGACAGAAAGCAUUGAUCUGUUAUUCGCGCGGAUGGGAAGUUUGGAGCACAACCAGCGCCUUACAGCGGGCCAAAUCGACAUCAGUGUGCAAGUGAUUGAGCAAGUUCUGAAAGAUCAGGCCGCUCUCACCAAGCAGAUCGAGGCUACAGGACAGGCAGUCGCUCAGCUGACAUCGCAGCCGCGGAAUCCACAUCAUCCCCCUGUUCAUCCAGAUUCGGAUCACUCUGCUCACCAGGUUCCUCGUCGCCCUGCGGGUACCGAUACUGAUUCUGAAUAUCAUGGUGGUUUUCAGGGAUUUGGAGAGCAUGCGCGACACCACCGACAUGCUAUCCCGAAGCUGGCUUUCCCUAAAUUUGAGGGGGAUAAUCCACUGAUCUGGAAGGAUAAGUGUCUGAAUUUUUUCCAGCUGUAUGAGCUUCCUCAGAGCAAUGUUAUACAGUCGUCCGACUAAUCGCGAUUAGUCGCGAUUAGUCGACCUUAUCGCUCCGCUGGCUUCGAUAAGUGAAGCGACUAGCUUUUGUCGAUCAGAUGUCUGAUCGUUCGACUAAUCGUCGCCUAAUCGAGAUUAGUCGUCCGACUUGCUGCUUGGUUGAUCAGGUUGCCGGCCAAAAGAUGUCCAGCCCGCCGCCUGUACUGGGCUCAAUUAGGCCCAUUAGGGUUAACUAUAUAGAAGCCACUUCUGUGCACCACGCAGGCACAAACCUCCGCUCGACUGCUCGAGUCGAGCCGCCGCCGCCGCCUGCGUCACGCCGCCGCCGUCGCCUGCGUCGUGCCGCCGCCACCGUCGCCUGCGUCGUGCCGCUGCCGCCGCUCGCAUCACGCCGCCGCCCGACCGCCUGUGUCACGCCGCCCAGGUCACGCGGCCGCCAGCUCGCAUCACGCCGUCGCCUGACCGCCUGCGUCACGUCGCCUAGCCGCCGCCCGUCGGCGUGGCAGCGUCUAAAGAUGAGCUCCUCUUCCGAUGUUUCAGCAGCAGAACAGCAAGGAUAUGGAGUUUUGGACAGUUCAAACAUCAAAUCUCACAAGUCAUUUUGCAACGAACAGCAAGUGGUGAGCCUGUUUCUUCCUGUAUAGGGUCUGUGGCCUACAACCACUGGAAGAAGGUAAGUGGCACAUCCCUAUCCAUAGGCUACAGGAAAUGCUAUUUGGCAUUUGCAUUGUUAUGCUACUGUCACUAUGAAGAGAUUGUUACGGAAAUGGGAAUACCUUGCUACGCAUUAGCGCAUAUGGUGUAGGUGUAGAACAUCUUUUUCAUUGGGGAGCAUAUAUGACGAUUUUCUUCCUGUUGUUUCACAAUUCACAUGUUAAUUGAUUGAUGAGCAGCAUUAAAAUUUCACAAACUUUUCUUCAUAUUCUAGCAUUUAAACUAACAGUAUGAGCGGAUCCCAUUCAGUUAGCAUGGGCUUCCAUAGAAUUCCUAUCUUUCAAGCAAGAGGAGAUGUUGGCCAAGAAUCUAACCUCCUUAUCUGUUGACUUUUUCGCCUUUUUAUGUUUUUCCCCUUUCUACAAAUCUGGAAGAGAAAUAUAUAUCUACAUGUAUAACUAUAACCUUCACCGGUAGGAUCAAUCUUCUCUUUAUUUCUUCAAAUUUAUGCAGACAAAUAAUCUGCAGACACUAUCAUGUCCAUGUCCUGUCCUGUUCCCACAUGUUUUUUUUUUCUCUUCUUGGAUGUGGGCAACCUUUCGAUGCUAGCUAUGUUGUUAUUGGUAUAAUUUGCCAUCAUAUUAUACAGUAUCUUUGUUAUAAGUUGGGAAGCAUUUUUCAUAUGAUUAGCACGCAUAUGUUAGCUACUUGCAAUUAUUCA